AUGAGGGCAUGUUUGGUGUUGGAAACUGUGACAGGUGUUUUGUACUGUUUUAAAUUUAAUAACUUUACCAAAUUACUGAACUUUACCAAUUGGUAUAAAUCAUUCCCAACACAAAUAGGGAGUAAAUUAAGGAAGAGAAUUGAUAAAUUCAAAGAGGAACAAAUUUUAGAGACAAAAUAUACAAACAACACACCAAUUGUAUCAACAGGAAAAUAUAGAUACCUGUCAAUGGAAAGGAAAAAGGACCACAAUAUAAUUCAUAAUGUAAUGCAAUCAGGUUAUAUUGAAAAUAGCCUUCCUUUUGAAUAUAGAGAUAAUCCAGAUUUCAUGUUAGAGUAUAUAAGGAGAAAUGUUGCUGCUUUUCUUAUAUGUUCAAAAAGACUUAAAUUUGAUCCUAGUUUUGUAGAGAGAGCUAAUGAAAUUGAUUUCUGCAUGGCAUAUAUUAAUGAUUCUAGAAAUUGGAAUAAUACUAUGAGAUUUAAAUAUGGCAAGGUUGUAAAUAUAGUGGAUGAUUUUCUUGUAAAAUAUGUAGAAGGAAGACAGAUAGUUCAAGUUAAUAAUAAUUACAACAAGAAGGAAAAUGAAUCACCACCUCCAAUUAAUGGAAAUCCACUAAUUGCCAAUCAUAAACCAGCCAUGGUAAGAGUGAAAGAAAAUGGACUCUACUUAAAGUAUUGCACCGAGGAAUUAACAUCCAAUAGAGACAUUGUAUUUACAGCAGUUCAAAAUAAUGGAAUGGCUCUCUCUUUUGCUCAUGUAAAAUUCAGAGAGGAUGUUGAGAUAGUUAGAGAAGCCCUUUUCAAUAAUCCAUAUUCUAUUCGAUUAAUUUCUACAUCAUUUCUUGACAAUAAUGAAGAAAUUAUUCUAAAUUUUAUGGCUAGAAACUUGUGCAACUUUGAAUACUUAAUUCCUUCCAAGUAUACUUCAAAUUUCGACCUGAUGAGAAAGGCCAUUAUUCUCAAUCCUCACAAUUAUUCAAGAACAUAUCCACCCUCAAUAACUCUUUCACUUAAUAAUGAAAAAAUUAAGACACUAAGACACGAUAAGGAAUUAAUAAUUCCCUAUAUUUGGUUUAAUCCAAACAAAAUACCGGCAUUAAUGAGAAAACUCCCAAUCGAAUGCAUCGACAGGGAUGUAGUCUUGGCUGUCAUACUUGCACCAAACAAUUUCAACUGUUUAGACAAAUCAUCUGAUUUUAUAUUGAGGAGAAAGAUGAAGUAUAAAGAGAUUUUAGAUAUUAAAUACAAGUUCUCCACCAAUAUACUCAUCAACUCAAUCUCAAUAUCAACAAUGAAAUCAACCUCAAUUAAUCAAGUUUAA